AUGGCUCCAGCAACAACUACAAUCUCUACCUACAUGUAUAGAAAUUUUAUAAAAGAACAAUUCAGUAAUUGUAGGCAAGUUGAAGUAAUUUAUGAAAAUCAAUUCGACUCUGCAAUCAUAGCCAAUGCAGAGAAAAAACUGAACGCUACAGUUUUUAAGCCUUUGGCUGAAUGCAUUCCAAAAGUUGUCAAAUGCGUGUACCUCUGUCGGCUAACUUCAGGUUGUAGCAAAGCUUUCAUAGGCUCGUCUGGCAACUGCCGGCUGCUCGCAACCCCGAACUCAAACAGUGAUAGUGUCACUAAUAAUCCAAAUUAUUAUUUCCAGCGUUUGGUUUCUAUAGCAUUCGAACGAGGCCACCACGUGUUACAGCAGACAAGACAUCUAACUGUCUAA